AUGGCUACAAAACGUAAGCGGACUGAUUUAGGAAUUGCACAAAAAUGCGAAAUAUGUUUAUAUAAAGACAAAAAUCCAGGAGCAAGUCAAGAGGAAAUUGCUGCUCACUUCAACUGUGAGUGGAAGACCGUGAUUUCGCGUCGCACCAUUGGUGAUAUACUGAGCCAGAAAAACAAGUGGUCUGUUGGACAGUCAGUUGUUUGUGGUGCAAGAACUGAACCAAAGCGCAUGAGAAAUGCUGAAAAUGUUGAAAUGGGAAAAGCCUUGUUCUUGUGGUUUACAAAAAUGAGAGGCAAACAUGCUGUGGUUACAGAUGCUAUAUUGACUAAAAAGGCAUGUUAUUUUGGCAGUAAGAUGGGCGUCACAGAUUUUACCUAUUCAACAGGAUGCCUAUCGCGGUUCAAAGCACGUUAUGACAUUUCCAUGAAAGUAAUUUGUGGUGAAAGUGAGGGUGUAGACCCAGUUACUGUAGCUGUUGGUCAUUACGAAACUCGUCAGAUAAUUAGCCAGUACAGUGCGAAUGACGUCUACAAUUGCGAUGAAAGUGCUCUUUUUUUUCGAACGCCACCUGGUAAAAUCUUGUCAGCUGGACUAGUGUGUGGAACAAAGCGCUAUAAAGAUCGUGUAACAGUGAUGUUUUGCUGCAAUGCAACUGGAACCAACAAGAGAAAGGUGUUGGUGAUUGGGAAAUCUAAACAGCCACGGUGCUUCCAGAAUUUCAGUGUCCAGCUUUACGUCGACUACGUCCACUCAAGAAAGGGAUGGAUGAAUUCCUCUCUGUUCCUAGACUUUGUUUCAAAACUUAAUGCAGACAUACUAUGCCAAGACCCGAAUAUACUGUUGCUAUUGGACAAUGCAUCUAGUCAUCCAGCAGAUGUGGAACUAGCCAACGUGACAUUCUGUUUCCUUCCACCAAACACCACAAGCCAUUUGCAGCCUCUUGAUGCAGGUAUCAAGUGCUUCAAAUCUCAUUAUCGCAAGCUGCAGCUGCAGCACAUUGUGCAGAUGAUGGAUGCUGAUUCUGAUCCUGAUGUUAACCUGAAAGAGGCUGUCAGUUUUAUCCGGGCUGCAUGGAAAAAUGUCAGUCCACUUGUUAUUCAGAACUGCUGGGCACAUGCCGGAUUGAUUGACAAAGGCAGUCUGGCAACAAACACCCAUGAUAUGACUGAAAGUGUGCCAGCUGUAACAUCAGCUCAGUUGUCUGAUAUCCAGGCUAUCCUCAUGAAACUUCCAGCUGCGGCCAGUCUUUUUGACAGCUGCUGA